AUGCUGUGCUUGUUGUCUAUUUUGGUUAAUCUAUGUCCAACACUCGUUGGCAUUCUUCCAUAUGCUAGAUUAAGGUUUUACAUUGGUAAGGAACCCAAGAGGCAUGUUCCUGAGGAGCACCAACAGUCUAUUUUGAUGCAUCUAUCUGGUGGAGCUCUUGGACUGACUUUCACUUAUCCUGCAGAUGUUGUACGAAGACAGAUGCAGAGUUACAGCGAUGACCGAACAAUUGAGAUUGUGAGAGUUGAGAUUAUUUUGUCAUUUGCGAUGUUUAAUUUGAAAAUUCUUUGGAAAUUGUUAUUCAUCAUAUAUGUGAGAUUUGUUGGAAUUCUUUGA